GCGCCUCUGCUGGCCUUCGAAAUGGGCUCGACUCCUUAGCCUUGAUUUCUUCAAUUGUCCCUCUGCAGAUCAACUUUAUUUUUUAUUUUAUGAAGAAAAGCCUGUCCGCGAUGACAUUUGGAGGUACGUCUACGCAACGAGACAACGCAGACACACCUCCGAGGGGCAUUCAGCGCGUUGCCAUGUUAUCUGUGAGCCGAUGUGAAUUGGCAGGCGAGGUCAGCCAGGUGAUUUCAGAACUGGUUCCUGUGCGGGCUGACUUGUUUGCAAGUUUCAGUUCCUUUGCAGUACAGUAAAGCUACUUGCUUGGUCAGAGGAUUGCAAUGAAACCAGCUCAGGAGCGCAACCAGGAGUGCCUGCCUCCUAAGAAGAGGGACCUCCCAGGUAGUAACAGCAGUGGAGCUGGAGCGACAGGGUUAGUUGGGGCUGGAGGAGGAGGAGGAGGAGGUGGUGGUGGUGGUGGUGGUGGUAGUAGUAGUGCUGGUGUUGGUGUUGGUGUUGGAGAAGAUGAAGUGGUUUCCAUCCAGAACUCUGCAGCCAACAGUGACACUCGUGGAGGGACCCCAUCUGGAGACUGGCUGCGAGCUCAGCCAGGACUUCAUUAUGGAGUGGAUAAUUCUGAUGGCAUACCAGCGGUGCCUGUUGACCAGUACAGUAUGCUCUACAAAGUGGCUCUUCCAUCUGUUACCUACUCGCCUACCAGUCUUCACCCAGUGUUAAGCCACAUCUCUCCAGCCUACACUGUACACUCACCUCUCCUGCAGCACCCAGGCCUUCCCUAUCCUCCUCUUGGUUAUGCCCAGAUCCCUCAUUCCUCCCUACAGUUUGUCAGUUCCCCUUAUGCAGCGGUACCUUACGCUCUACCCCCUGGCUUUGUCCCGGGAUCAUUAAUCUCUCCCUCAGGCACCAUUCCUCAGCCCCACACUGUGUCCCACCUAGUUCCCUAUUCAUCUGUCAUACAAGAAGGUGUUGUUUCCCCACCUCCCCAGGCCCAGGUGGCUGCUCAUACCUUUGCCAAAGUUGCAGCAUCCAGCGGUGUCCCGCUAAUGCUGCCUUCAGAGCAAGCUGCCCAGCAGCACCUUGGUACUGUGGGAGUCCUGCCCACAACAGAGGUCAGCUCUCGAGGGAUGCCGGUCUUCUACCACACUCAGGGCGCCAGGGCUGCCACUGCCACCAGAGACCCCCACAGUGUCCAGCAGGAGAAUGAACCAGAAAUGAAUGGAGGCGAUAAAGAGCAAGGAACUAGAGAGGUUGGACUAGACUUGGCCUACAUUGGUAGAAAUGCUCGUCUGCUGGUAGCGUCCAGUUCUGCAGCGCAGGAGCACAGCCAUGACAGAGGCCUGCAGAACCGAAGGCUGGAAGAGAGGAGCUCACCAGGCCAGCGCAGCACCCCAGACAGCGACCUGGAGGUGCAGCAGGUGGUUGGUCGUUUGGCUUCCUCUAGCCAAGGUGGUAGUGGAGUGCGCAAAGAGGUCUCCUUUGCUCCCUUGAACCUCUCUCAGGGCACCCAGAGAGCCAGAGAUGUUCACGGAGAGAGCAUGAGCGCACUAUCUGGCCGGACUGCAUACGCGGCCCAGCCUGUGAGUUACAGUGAUCCCAGAGUGGCCGGUCUCCAGCAGCAGACAGGACAACCAGGCCAUGCUGUCAUGCUUGCCAAUGGGCAACCAGUUCUUAUUCCCCUGGAGUAUCACCUGCAGCAUCAGCCCCAACCACCACAGCAACACUACCCAGGACCGGCUAAUGAUGCCUCAGCCAGCCAUGCCUCUGCCACCAUGGCCUCCUCUAACUCAAGCUUUAAAGCCUCUGAUUCUUCAGCCAGAGUGUGCCUCCCUGAAAGGCCGGAGCCGACCACUGCUCAGCAGCAGCUCCCCCAGCAGCACCCUGUCCAGCCUACAGCAGAUGUGACUCAGGCCUUAGCUUCAAGCAUCGCUCCUGCCCCGUCUCCCUGCAACCCGUCACACUUCAUGAAGGGGGCCAUUAUCCAGCUCGCUACUGGGGAACUGAAGCGUGUGGAGGACCUGCAGACCCAGGACUUUGUGCGGAGUGCCGAGGUGAGUGGGGGGCUUAAGAUCGACUCCAGCAUGGUGGUGGACAUUCGUGGCAGCCAGCAGAGACCUGGUCUUGUGUCGCUUCACUUUACUGUGGGGGAGCAACAGAGCAAAGUGACCAUUGAUGUGCCCCCGGAGCAUCCCUUUUUUGUGUUCGGCCAGGGCUGGUCGUCUUGCAGCCCCGAACGCACAGCCCAGCUGUACGGCCUGGCCUGCCAUCAUCUGCAAAUAGGAGACGUGUGUGUGUCUAUCACCCUGCAGCAGCAGCUUCAGCCUCAGCAGCAGAAACUACCACAGCACCAUCAUUCACAACAGCAGCAACAACAACAACAGCAGCAGAACCUGUCCAGGACUUUGAGCAAAACCAACGCUACAUCAGGACCUGCUCACCAGCUCAUGGGGCCUCCUGCCCCUCAACAGUCACGGCCUCAGUCUCAUUUGAGGCUAGACCGCAUCCACAGAGAGAGACAGAGGGAUGGAGAAAAAGAUGUGGUUGAUAAGGAGGAAGCCACACAUUUUGGGGUUGUUGGGCACAAUGAGUCCCCCAUCAGACCAAGUAGGACCUCAGCAGAGCAUCCAAGGAGCCAGAGCAGUUACCACUUGCACACAGAGGGCUCUGCUUUCGCCGGGGCAGGGAUGGGAACAAUGCAAACUGCGCUGGGUGCUUCUCAACGGCGCUGGUCCUCGCCUGGCCUCCAAAGAUUCAAUAUGAAGGGAGAUGAAGGGCCACGCCCUCAAAUAAGCACCUCCGGCCAUACAAGGCCCUCUUUCAUCCCCCAGGAGGUCAAACUGUCCAUUGAGGGGCGCUCUAAUGCAGGGAAGUAGCAUCACAUUUGGUAGCAACUAUAAAGGAGACUGCCACGAGUAAGAAUGAGUCUGACGAGGAGAGAAAGAGGAAAAAAAAAAAGAGUGCGAAUGUAGCCUCAGAAUGUUUGAGAUUUUGCACACCUAAAAUAUACAAAAGUAAAAGAUCUUUGUCUAUCUGGUGAAAAGUUUUGGUUUGGUUUGGUUGUCACUCAGCCAAAGGAUACGAGCCUGUGGUUUCCCAGCCAGCUGAGGUCUGACCGGGACCUGACAAGCCGAGUAGAAACUAUGUAGCUGAUGAAAUGCCUCUCAUAGUCCUUACACACUGCAUUUCUCUUACUCCCUCCCUCCUUUGUCUGCACUUCCUCAUACCCAUGCUUGGAGGUUACCAUCGCAUUCAGAACACUCUUGCUUCCUUUUUGACCAAACUGUCUCUUUGGAAGACCACAAACUACGAAGAAUGAGUUUGUAGCACAGUGAAGCUACCAACUCUGCAGGUUCUGAUGUAGUUAAAAGAUCGCAGCCAGUGAUCUUUUAUCUCCUCCAUUCCUAAGAUCCUGUUUCCUUCAAAAGCAUUUACCCAAAAAAGAGUGGAGCUGCUGACAUCAGCAGCUCCUGUGGUGAUGUUGGCACUGUUGAUGCUAACUGUCAGUGUAUGUUACAUUAUGCUUCUCCGGCAGGAGUCUAAAACCUCCUUUGUCAGCAGAGAUACUUUUCUCGGUCUGCAAAGAACAGCAUCUUCUCUCAGGCCAAGUGCGGCGCGUCCCGCUUGUCUUACAAUCGAAAUAGUGAUAAAUCAAUCAGUCUGUUCGGCAAUCAGUUUCUACUCCAAAAAAAUUAUAAAUAAAUCUGCUUUCAUUACACACCAUCAUAUGCCCUCUGAUUGAGGAUGAGGGCCCAACAUGUGUGUGUGUUUGCAUGAAUGCCACAGAUUGGAAUAAUGCUUUGUUCUCUAUGGUAACUAGAGAUAUGUUGCAUUCCAGUAUCAUCUGUGAGAAUAUCCAUCACUUAACUUUUUCCCCUUUUUAGGAGAAUAGUUUUCCCAUCCAGAGCGAUGCUCUCCCUCCUCCUCACUAUACCUCAAAGCUUUCCCGACCAGACUGGUGACUUUUAAUGCAAUUUUAAAGAGCGUACUGGCUGGUCAUCACCAAAGCCGCCUGUGGGAAUGAACCAGAGAGACACAUCGCCCUGUCGCAUCACUGGCUGCACGCCACUUAAGCCUAAAAACCCCAGAAGAGCGGAAGGGCCUUGUAGUUACCCUCGGAGAGAAACCCAGUGUGCGAUUGAGUCAGUGAUGAGGUGUUGCUCUUCGCCCUCAACUCGAGUUGCUCAGUUACCAAAUUAAAGCAAUAUUUCUUUUUACAGCACGCGGCAGUACCGCUCUCCCCCAGGAAUUUUUUUUGUCGUGAGCUGUUUUCUAUCUCUACACACGAGGUUGUGAGCUCUGACCCUCUUUUAAUCCCGACAUUUAAAGGUGAUGCACUGUUUUGCUGUUAAUUUUUAUCGAUGCUUCAGUAUUUCUACACAAGCAAGGCAUGCCUUUUGACAAAUUUCUCAAAUCGUUAUUGAUGAAACCGCUUCUCUUUGAUAUUUUUUAUUUUAUAUGGAUUUACUCAAGUGCAUCUCCAAGAAAGGCUUGAUUCUAAUUAAUUUGUGAUCAUUAUCAAGUUAUCUUCUGUUCUGUCUUUUGUUUGAACAUAUACAGUCCUUUGCUUUUGUACUAGGAUAUAUUUUAUCCAGUGGAUCUUAUGAUUGUCUUGUGUUGCACAUAGAAAAUGUCACUCAUUGACUUCACACUGACCUUGUUAUUAGGAAUCACAGUACAGUAGAUGUUUUUUUUUGAUUAUUUUUUUUUUUAAUGAAGGGAAUAUGUUUGAAGUAUUGUUGUUGGUGUUUUGUGGUGAGAGAGGGAAAGGGAAAAAAAAAAAAACUGACUUGCAUUUUUAACUCUGUUUACAAAUUAGCCAAGAUGAAUGCUGCAGUUUCCUACGUCGGACAGAUUUUUAUCCUCGUCACUGAUAUCCAAAAAUUCCGAAAAAGGGGUGAAAUUGAAAAUAAGUGCAAUUAGACCACGCAUAAAAUCAUUCAGAGGUUUAUAAUCAGACAGCAUUCAACAGAGACAUUCCCAUCAAAUGUAAAUCAGACAGUACCAGCUUUAUUUUAUUUUUUUUUCAGUCAUCGAUCUUUCGACUUACCUCUGACAAAACAUUUGAUCACCUUUUGAAUAUUUCAUGCAUUGCCCAUUAUAUUUCCUUUCAUUGGCUCAUGCGCUCAGACAGGAGGAUCAGUUAGUUACAUGGUUGUCAAUUUUGUGUCUGACUAAUGUGUUGGUGUUGUAGCCCAGACCCCGUUCUGUGUGUCUAUCUGUCCUCUUCAACUCUCUUAACUCGAAUAGAGCCCUUAACCGCCUCAUGCAGCCUGACCCCCCUGUCAGCAGGUGGAGGGGCCAUGAGAGAAGUAUCAAACAGAGUCACCUGAACUGGGCCUAGUUAGACCCUCAUCCUUUGGUACUGUCAUUAUGAGCAGUUUUUAAAUGAAAGGGUCACAUUUUCAUUUUGUAAAGUCUGUCUGAAAACAGUUCUCACAUGCCCAUAAAGAGUUAUUGGUCACUGUAAUCAUUCCUCCCGUCUAGACUGGCUGUGUAAAGAUUCCUUCCUGAUUCCAGUGUGAGAUAUAUGGGACAAAAUCAACAGUCAUGUUUCUGUGCAGUAAUGAUGCACAUCGAGCUUAAAUGGGGCUUCAGAAAGUCGAGGUCAAAUCAGGUGAGCAUCUUCCAAAGUUUCAGUUAUUGUUGUACACAAUUAACGUUUUGUUACUGAUCCUCUGCAGCAGCUCAGGAGGAAUGCCGCUAAAUGCACAAAGCAGCAUCACAUGGACCGGAGCAAUGAUUACAACCAGUAAUAACUCGUACAUAGAAGUUAGUAUUGUAUUAAAAUAGGUUUGAAUAAACUUGAAUCUAUCCCUCAAGAUGCUUUGCAAUGGGAGAUUUAGUAAAUAAUUUUUUACUACAGUUAAGAACACAUCUUACCAUCAGAAAGCUCACCACAUUGACUCAUUUUUCAUGCUGUAAGCAAUAUACAUAAUACCUAAAAACAUUUCAUGUAGUCUUGGUGUUUUCUAUGCAGUAAACUCAGUAUUGUACCCUUCAUUGUCUUAAGUACAGCUCUCUGAAGCAGUAGGGCAGGUCGGCUGAUGCAGUCAUUUUACGCUGAUGUCUGAUAAAGAUUUUUUGCUUUAAAUGACCGUUUUAUAGGAAUACAAACCAGUAUUUUGCUUUACUACUUUCUAUUUUUUUGCUCAGUGGUCCCAAUCUUCCUAUGUAUAGCACACCGUUGAGUCACAGCUAAACGUUUAUCGUCUCCUCACGAUGCCACAGUUGGAGCCAAAUCACUCAAGACGAGUGUCCCUCAAAUUUUCAUUGCAUUAUUUUGGCAGCACGGCUGUCAGGCCACUUCAACAUUUGUAUUUUAGGUCAACAUGCAUUUGAUGGGAUUUACAUGGUGCAAGCAGUGCCACCUGUGACUUUACCUCCUGUUAAUUCUCACAGCAAGACCAUCCUGUGCUACCAUGAGCCUUUUUUGUUUUUUCGCCCUCUGCUCUGAGCAGUGUGUGCCAUGUUAAAGCAGGAAAGCUCGACUGCAACCAAGAUGUCCAAUUAAUCCUAUUCACAUCACUGAUAGUCUGUUGCUGUAAGUAAUUGCACUAAAUGCCCUUCUUCACAGUGUUGUAAAAUGAAAACUGUUGUUAAAUUGAAGCGUUUCAAAAUGUAAAAGCACACAGAAUCAUGGAGAAAUGGCAGGUUGUGUGUUUCUGUAGAUAGAUGUGUUUUUCUGUAUAGAUAGCUUUGAUGAUGCUUGUCGAUAAUGCCUUAAAUUCUGCUUUGUACAAUGUGUGAAAUUGAAAUAAUGGAAUGAUGCUUCUGGUAGACUUGGUGUUCCCAUUUCAGGCUGUACAAGAGCAAAUCAGAAAUGUCGAGCCUUGGCACUCUGGUCAUGCUUAUGAGCGGGAAAUUCCUAUUUACAUUUCUCAAAGGGUGACAGUGAAUUCUCUUUGGGCCCCCGACGGUUCAACCAAGAAAUCUGCAACUUUAUGUUUGUGUUUUUUGUUCCUUUUUAUUUUUUUUAAUCAUAAUCUAUUCCGUUAAAUGUUUUAAUACACACUUAAUGCUCAUACUUACCUUUUUAAUUCUUGUGGAAGUAAAUGGAAGCGCUUGUCUGCACUUUUUACGAGAUGAUGUUGAGUGUCAGCAACAGAGGGCAAUCCAUUAAUUACACACACACACACACAUAGACAAACACAUACAUCCAUUGUUUUUUUGUUUUUUUUAUUGUUGCACAAGAUCAGUAGGUUUUUUUCUUUUUUCUUUUAUCCUUUGAAUUAAUGGGUUGUGUUUGGCGUUUUGUGCUUUGGCCUCACUGUCUCUGGACAACACAAGGUCGGUUUAAAUAAAUUGAGACAGACAGGCUGCAUAAAUCAGAUAGCUUUCCAUUGGUGGUAAUGUAAUGGUUUAUUAUGUUUUGUGAUGUUGGCAGUGGGGAUUUCUUUACUGUGUGAACUACUUCCUGUUGUAUGAUCGAAUAUCGAGAGGUGAAUUUUUAGGACGGUUUCGGUGUUGCUGAUGUCGAAUUAAAUCAGGAGAAUGAGAACGGUUUAAAGUUUUAAAGAAGUCUGUGUAUUUUCAGAUUUGACAUUGUACUUUUUUUGGCACAAAGGUGACACUGCUUUUUAUGUGACGUGUAACUUAAAAAGAAAACAAAAAACAGCAUCUUUUUUUAAAUGCCUAAAUCUGCAAAAUAUAUGCAAUGAUGUAAAUGUAACAUUCAAUCCUCAAGUAUAAUCCAGGUUGUAUGAACUUUGUAUAGUGAGUUUUAAUAUCGUAUGGCCGUACCAAUAUGUAUUGAUCUUUAUCAGAAGCCUUAGAGUUGUCGACCGAAAGUGCUCCCUUAGAAUACCCUACACCUACCUGACUUUAACAAAGCAUUAAUAUCUCUAUUUUGUUGCAUCUUUAUUUGUACCGUUUUUGAAUAAAAUAGAUUUGUACUGUAUAUUUGUACCUCUCUGUGAACUACUUAGGGCGGUUUUUGUUUUUUUGUUUUGCUGUUUUAAUUCUAUGUACUUUAAGGACACAAAGAUAUUGUAUUUUUAUUGUUACAGCUAACUUGGAGACAUUGCAUUUAUCAUGUUUGUUAAGUAAACACAAUAUAAUAUAUAUAUACAAAUAUAAAUAUAAACUAUUAUCCAA